UGUCACGAGAUUGGAUCCAACCAUGAAAAAUAUUGAUUCAUUUAGUAGGAAUACGAAAUUUCAACAUUCCAAGAUGUCGUUGUUCAGUUUUCAAAUCAACUUUGAAAAAUUUAAAAUGCCAAAAAAUGUUUUUGAAAACGUUUCAAGAAUUAUUGCGGAUUCGUUGUCUCAAGAUCCUGACUAUGUCAACGGAACUUUGGUGGAUCAAGUGAAUUUAUCUUGGCGAGGAAGCUCGGAACCCAUGGUGUUUCUGACUAUUCAAACUGUUCGAAUUUUGGAUGCUAAACUGAAUCAAUCUUGUAUUGAAGCCCUGUAUAAAUUUUUGACGAGCGUCCUAGAUAUUCCGGAGGACAGGAUUAUUGUUUAUUUUACUGAGAAAGUACUGAGUGAUGUUGCUAUUGAUGGGUCAUUGUUGUUAUCAAGUUCAUGAAAUCUAAAAAGUAUUGAAUAGGUAGUCUUCGCGAUUAACAUGGGCUUCUGUAUUAUGAGUUACAACAAUGAGAUAUUAUUAUUAUCUAGGUAUUCAAUUAAGUAGGUAUAUUACAUAUGUAUUACAUAAGUACAGAAAUGAGUUGGAUCUAGGUAUAAGUAUUUUUGUUAAUAUUGUACUUGUACUUUGUCAUUGUCAUCUGGAGACGAAAUAAAGGUCUAAAUUAGUAAA